AUGUCUUCUGCAUUAAGAAACACCAAAAAUGGCACUGAAGCCAAACGAAUUUCUGUUUCAUUUGAAGCUGAACAAGAAACAACAUUAAUGGCUCUUCUUACUCAAUAUGGAAUCAAAUUCAUUAUUCAAAGUCCACGAAAAAGUUCAGACACUUGUCAAUUUAUGGAUAUUAAAGAAGUAAUAAUUGAUGAAGAAAUAUACAAUUUUGCUGAAUAUAUCGAACAUUUGAUUUAUACAAGUGGAAAGACAGUUGAUGAAAGUAAAAGUCAUUAUACUAAAUAUAAUAAAAGAAAUCAUACAGCCGCUACUAACAAUUCAUUAAUUUGUAUGCUUGAACAAUUAGGAUGGAAAAUUGUUUUAAAGAAUACUAAAAAUUCUUCUGUUACAUUAAAAAUGUCACGUAUUAGUGUUUUAUCUUUGGGGGCAAUUGUCAUCAGUGGAGAGGACAUCGCUCGUAUUGGAGGUUUACUCAAUAAGGAGCUCAAGGGUGUUGUCCGUGGUCACAAGCGUGAUACUUCACUGAUGAUUUCUAAUGUUGAGCUCCCAUUAUCAUCAUUUAUUAACAACUUUAAAUUACCAACUGAAUUCAAUCUUAAACCACUUCAUCGUAUGAUGCAACCUAUUUCUAUUUCUUCACAUAUUGGUUCAGCUAAUGAUGUUAUUUGUCAGGAAUGUAUUGUUAGACCAAGUUAUGUGAGUGAAGUUAGGAAAGACGAUGAAGAUGAUGAAACUAGAGUUAUUACUAUUGAGCCAAUAAAAACUGAACAAAGUGAGUAUAGAAAACUAAACGAACUAAAUACACAAAAUGAAUUUUUAGAAGCAACAUUUAAUGCACAAACAAGUUCUCAGUAUGAUAAUGAACUUCCACCAAUGCCAAUUAAUGAAGAUCAACAAUUUAUUAAUUAUUACAAUUCUCAAAAUGGGUCUUGUGAUUUGAUUAGCAGUUUUACUUAUUAUAAUAAUUAUAUAGAGCCAAAUAAUAAUUAUUAUUUUAUGUUAACCACAGUUGAGACACCAAUUAUUGAGAAUAAUGACAACUUCUAUUGGUUAAAUUGUAAUGACAAUGGUUUUAUUCAAUCAUCAGCUUACAACCCUUCAGUGUAA